CAGCUCUCUGCCGUAGAAAUGUUAUGACGUCGUAAAUGUGAGACGCAAGUCAAAGCGCUACGGAAUAUUUCUGCGACUUGCAGUUCUUCUCACAUGUUCUGCUUUCUGAAGCAGCUAAGAGCAAAUUGAUCUGAGAAACCUCCACAUUAGGAAACUACAGCUCCACAAGUAGGAUGAAACUGGAACUGUCACGAGUGGUACAGGGAUGUCGCCUGGGGGUUUUGACUGGACUGGGAAAAUCAGGGCAGCACUCACUAGAGUUGCCCGGCUGUCUCCUGUACACUCGCUGUGCAACUGUUCCCCAUCUGACCCAGGACACAUUACACACUUUAAGCGACCUGCCAUCAGUCACACAAGUGUCUGUGGAUAGCCUUGCAGAGCAUCAAGAGGUUCUGGAGGAAUUCAAAGAGGGUGUCAGAAAGUUUGCAGGUCUUCAUGAUACUGUGCUUUUCUGUUCUCUGCAUGAUUCUGCGAACACCAGUCCUGCUGGUCACGUCACCAACAAGACCGUGUCGGUGUGGGGCAGCGGUGGAAGGAUAGAGCUGACGGCGGCUCGGUUCAUGGCGAUUCAGGCAGCUAUCCAGCCGGACUGCUAUCAGAGCAUGGCGGACGGAGAGACCUGGCAGGUCAAUACCUCUCGCAAGAGAGUCCGUAAAGCAGUGGACAGGACUCUGGCCCAUCUGGAUGAAUGUCUGGUGUUGCACCAGAAAACACAGGAAUUAAAACAUGCAGAGAUAUUCGGGGUUGUGGAGGGUGGAGACAUUAUGGAGGAGAGGCUCCGGUCGGCACGAGAGACUGCCAAGCGUCCUGUGGGCGGAUUUGUCCUGGAUGGAUUCCAUUCUGCUGCCAUGGACCAGGAUGUGAGGUCUCAGCUGAUUAGAGCGACAACUGCAGAACUUCCCCAAGAAAAACCCAGGUUGGUGUUGGGUAUUGGCCGUCCUGAUGAGGUCAUCAGCUGUGCUGAAGCAGGAGUCGACCUGUUUGAGAGCGUCUUCCCCUUCCAGGUGACGGAGCGGGGCUGUGCACUCUCCUUCGACUACACCAUUGAUCCUGACCCUGAGACGGCAGGUACAUCAGCCCCUACAGUGCUGGAACUCAACGGAGAGAUGCCUGCUGUCAAGAAGCUGAAUGCGAAUGGAGAUGAAAAUAUGACGCCUUUCGAAAUGAACCUCAAAGAUAAAAGGUACCAAGAUGAUUUCCGCCCACUUGUGGAGGGCUGUGGCUGCUACUGCUGUAAAAAGCACAUGAGAGCGUAUGUUCAUCAUUUAUUGGUGACCAACGAGCUGCUUGGUGGUGUUUUACUCAUGCUGCACAACAUGGCACAUUACCUAGGGUUUUUCAAAGCGCUGCGGGAGGCAAUAGCCAGCGACCGUCUGCAGGACUUUAAAAAUAGAGUGCUCUGUUGCAGAGAAGGUGAUUGAAAUGAUUGAAGGACUUUGGGCAAAAAGAAAAGAUGAAAAAAGAAAGAACAAAAGAACACCUACAUGAGAGCGUACUUAAGGCUUUGAUGUGGUUUCAUGAAUAUAAAGCUGGAUUCUGAUGCACAUGCUCUUGCCAUGCAAAAUAUCAGACAAAAAGUGCUAAUGUGAGUGACAUGGCAAACCUUUUAAAUUCCCAUGGCUCAUCUUAGAGUUCACUUAGAGUUGGAUUUAAAAUUUGCCGUCUGCUGCAUCAAAUGAACAAUUUCUCUCAGAAGGAGCAUAAAUAAUGGAGAAAAAUUACCUUUUUAAAAGAGCAGCUCUUGCUCAAAUUCUCACUUUUUCAAGCCCUGAAAAAUUUCCACCUGCUGUUUUCCUCAGCACAUAUUUUUCUGACUGGUUAUACAUUUAUUUUGGAAAAUGCUGCAUUUCUUUCUUUCUUACAAUUAUGGUAUUGUAUAAUAAUAUUUAUUAUUGUGCAUUAUUAUUAUUAUUGUAUAUAAUUGUGAUGCUGUUUAGAUUAACAUUUUGCCCUUAUGUUAAGUUUUAAACUUCUGCAAAUCUAGCUUACUGACUUUUUUGUAUUUGAUUUUUCCGAUCUUUACAUUCCUCUUCAUUAAGUAUUUUUAACUUUACAAUAAAUGCACCGCAGAGUGCCUGUAAACCUUUUAGCUGUGACUAUAUUUACAACAUAGCACAGCCUAAAGUGCCUUAUUGCUUUUAUAAAAGUUUAAUGUUAUGUCUGUGUAUAUUUUAGCACGGCUAAAAUGCUGUCUUGACCAAUCAGGUUCCAGGGUCGUAACCAUCCAUUUUAAUUGUUGUUUUAUGACCUAAUUAAGGAUGUGUGAGUGCAUUUUGAGAGUGAGUACUGUAACAUUUAUUCAUUUGGUAGACCUUUUUACUCAGUGCAACUUACAAACAAGAAAUGCUGCAGCAGCGAUUUUUAAGGAGACAAUAACAUAAGUGGAGCAAUACAAAGUUUCAAAGUUGGCCAUGUACAAUCUAGUACUGAGAUGUAGGCGUAAAAGGGCAACAGUACAGGAUAUUCCUUUAAAUACUUAAGGCAGAGUGUGUUGGAGUGGGAGUGUGUUAAAGCACAAAAGUGAGAACCUGUGUUAGGUGCACGCUGCAGAAAUUGGAAAUCAAAGAGGGAAUCAAUGGUUUGCAAUGUCCUUAUUGAACUAAAGCUGUUUUUCCCCAGAUACAGUGGGGCCAAAAA